ACUACUAAUUCGCAGUAAUUUAAAACGGAAAACCAGAAUUGAUAAACGUCAUGUUAUAAUUUUCAUCGUUGAUCAAAGAAAUGAGAAGUUUAUUAGUGUUAUCAUUUUUGCUUUAUGACUUCAUUGCGUACGCGUUUAGACAAAAUGGUUACGACUAUGAUUAUCCAGAGGGUAUGAAAAGACAUUCCUUUGCCGAUGAAAGGCGAAAUUGGAGGAAAAAAGUAUUGUCAAAACCUUUUGAACAGGAAUACAAUGACUGGGACGAAAGAAAAUAUGAACACGACAUUCCAGGAUAUUUGGAUGAUUUAAACAAUAAACAUUUUGUAGGAACAGACAGACAACGAGACAUAGAGCCUUCAGAAUCAUUAUACAGAGGACAGAGGCGUUACGAAGACGGAGAUAACGUCAAAUUGGUACCUAAAAUGAGGAGCGCGGAAAUGGGACACUCGACUCAUUACUUAGAUAAGGAUAACGAAAAGAAAGUGCCGUAUACGAUGACCUGUGAGAGACUACAUGAAAGAUACGAGUCCUGUUUCGCUGGUUGCGCCGCGGUAACUUGCGACAACCCCCGUGAGCGACUGCGUCCUUGCUACCCCUUUUGCGAGCCGGGCUGUAUAUGUAUCCAGCCAUACGUACGAGACGAUAGAACACAUAAGUGUGUAUUACCUGAAGACUGCACCAAAGGCCUCAAAGGAAUUCCCGACCUCGGCGACGACGCCUAGCGAGAAUAAAUAAACGUAAUUGAUAUACACAAACACGCAGCCUUCAGAAUCCAGUGUUACAAUAUAAGGAUCAUGUUACAGCCUCAAUGUUACAUUGUGAUACUUAUUCUGUUGUUAUGAACAUUUAUCUAUAUUCGUUAUAUAAUAUAAAUUUAUUG